UAUAUUUGUAUUUAUUUGGUAUUAUAUUGUUGUUUUUAUGGUGUUUUAAUUGUACUGUUUGAAAUUUAAACAUAAGUCUUUUUAUUUAUCCUUUCUCUUUUUUAGAUUGGUUCCUCAACUCAUGCCCCUGCUCCUGUUGAGACUUCUGAGAAGACUGAUCUUGAAAUGGUUGUUUUUCAAGAGACUCCUAUUUUACGUCCUCAAAAAGAGGGAUCGGAAGAAAGGAGAGUACAUUUUGAAAUCCCCAUUCAUUGAGCUUGCUUCUGGUGCAUCUAAAUCAGGUUCAUCCUCGGUUUCUCCUGAUGAUUCUGUGUAUAAGGUCGUUAAAUAUGUGCGUGGUUUGUGCCCGUUGGACAACAAGAUUGGUGAACCUGUUGAUCCGCAAUUGGAAGCUGAUUUUGUCAAGUGGGUUGAUUCAGGUCUUAGAAAGCAUAAAUCUAACACAACAACUAAUGUGUAUUGUAAGGGUAAGGACACUAUAUUUCCGCCAUUUCGUUUUGGUGUUGAGGACAUCAGCAACAAGAUGUGGUUUCACAACCUUGCCUACCCUAAUUGUUUCCUUACCAAUUCUCACAUUGACAUCAUUUUCUAUUAUCUUCGUAAGAAAAUAAUGUACUCAGCCGAGCCGAAAAUCAAAGUCACCACAACUGAUUGCCUCUUUUGUUCUAGCAUAACAACUUUGUAUGAGAGGUUUGUUGAGAAAAACAACGAUAUAUCGGUGUUGUCUCUUUCUCACAAUGUGGCCCAGUACAUUCAAGGUGGUAAGAUAUUAUGUGCCACUCCUUGGCAUUUGGUUGAUCAUGUUGUUAUGCCUAUCAAUGUAAAAUUACAGGAUCAUUGGAUUUGUGGUCGUCUUAACAUAGUUGACAGGCGCAUAUAUCUGUACAAUUCACUGCGUUCUGGGAGGUAUAUGACUGCUGCCAAAGAGGCUUGCAAGCCUUUCUCUGUUAUUUUACCAUAUUACUUCUCUAUGUUAGACUUCAAAGGCCUUCGCAACGAAACUAAGUUUAGCACUAUGGAACCGUUCCCUAUUGUUGCUGUUGAUGGUUUACCCGAGCAGGUCACAGCUGAUUGUGGUGUUUUUGUUGCAUCAUUUGCUGAGUAUUUCAUUGAUGGCAAACCCAUCCCAUCCUCUGAUUUUGAUGUGGAAAUUCACCGCGAUCGUUUGGCUGCGUUAUUUUAUCAUUAUGGGAUGAAGAAGCAAACUGAGAACAUUGAAAGUGAAUCCGAGGCCCCUCCCAGCCUUCCCAAGAAGUGAUUUGCUUUUUCAAUCAGACUGUCAUUGUUCUUAUAGUUUUUUAAUGUUGUUUUAAUGUUUUUCAUGUUGUUUUUCGUAAACAAACAUUGGUGUUCUGUUGUUUUUCCUUACGCUUUGUGUGGACAAUAUGUAAUCUUUUAUUUUUGUAUGUUUUUUCUUAUUAUUUUUAUGUACAAACAAGUUGGUAUGUUAAAGUUGUUUGUUUUUUCAUUUCA